CGUCCCGCCCCCGGAAGCACGUUGAAUGGAUUUCCCGUCCUUCUUAAACAGCCCCCUCCAGCCCCCCCAGCAAAGCCUAAUUGGGUUCCAGGCAAAAUAAGCCCCCCUCUUCUCCCGCCCCCGAGGGGGAGAGGUUCUGCCACCAUGGCAGAGUCCCAGGAGAUAAUCGAACUGCAGCGAGAGGUCAUGGAAGAACUGGGCAUCUCUCUGGAAGACCUCAAGCAGUUGAUUGAAGAGGAGUUGGAGAAAUCAGAGUGCAUCAGGCAGCGGAAGGAGGAACUGGAACGCUUGGAGGAGUGCGUGAAGAAGAAAGAGGCUGAAGUGGCCCAGGUAGACCAACUCCUUGAGAACGCUGUGAAGGCGGUGGAUAAAUGCGAAGUGUUGGUCAAAGAUGUCUAUGCCAACCUGGGCCUGGAAUAUCGAGAGACGGACUCAGAUGAGGAUAAUGACUCUUGCAAACCGAUGGAAGUGAUUGAAAUUCCUGAUGAAGAUGACGACGACAUCAUGAGCGUAGAUUCAGCAGAUACAAGUAACAAAAUUGCAAAGGACCAGACACUGCUCCGGGAAGCCAUGGCGGCCAUGCGGAAGUCUGCCCAGGAUGUUCAAAAGUUCAUGGAUGCGGUUAAUAAGAAGUCGGGCAGCCUGGAUUCCCAGAGAGGGUUACAGCAGGUCAGCCCAGGCUGUGAACUCACCCACGAUGGCGACCUCACGGUCGGCGACCGCAUUCUGGGCAAGAAGCGGACAAAGACCUGGCACAAGGGCACCUUGAUUGCCAUCCAGACAGUGGGUCCUGGGAAGAAAUACAAGGUGAAGUUCGACAACAAAGGGAAGAGCUUGCUGUCGGGCAAUCACAUCGCUUACGACCGCCACCCACCGGCUGACCGGCUGCACGUCGGGAGCCGCGUGGUGGCCAAGUACAAAGACGGCAACCAGGUGUGGCUGUACGCGGGAAUCGUCGCCGAGAUGCCCAACGUCAAGAAUAAGAUGAGGUUCCUGAUCUUCUUUGAUGACGGCUACGCCUCCUACGUAAUUCAGCCGGAGCUUUAUCUGAUCUGCAGGCCUCUCAAGAAAUCCUGGGAGGACAUCGAGGACGUCUCCUGUCGGGAUUUUAUAGAGGAAUACGUCACCGCGUACCCAAAUCGGCCGAUGGUCUUGCUCAAGAGCGGCCAGCAGAUCAAGACGGAGUGGGAGGGAACGUGGUGGAAGUCCCGGGUCGAGGAAGUGGACGGAAGUCUGGUCAAAAUCCUCUUCCUGGAUGAUAAGCGUUGCGAGUGGAUCUACCGGGGCUCCACCCGCCUGGAGCCCAUGUUCAGCAUGAAGACGUCCACUGCAUCCACCCACGACAAGAAACAGGGCGGGCAGAUGAGGACACGCCCCAACGUGGGGGCCGUGCGGACCAAGGGACCGGUGGUGCAGUACAUCCACGACUUAACAGGAACCAGCCCUCAGCAGUUCAAGCCUGCAGAACCCCAGCUUCCCAUCACAACGUCCCAGCCAGUUUCACCCCUGUUUGGGGAAACAGACUCGGAGAGCCAGCUCGCUCAGGCCAAAAAACAGCAAGUGGCAAAGAAAAGCACCUCGUUCUUGCGCCCCGGCUCGGCAGGGUCGGGACUGUCGCCCCCCUCCUCCCCUGUCCUGAGCGAAACCCCGCCUGUGGGCCGGACAGGAGUGACCCAGCAGUUCAGCAGGUUCUCUGGGCCCCAGCCCGGUGCAGGCCCCACCCUGCCCUUCCACGGCAUGAUGGACCGGGUCCCCAACGAGCCUCCCUACCGGGCCCCCGUGGAGAAGCUCUUCUACCUGCCCCACGUCUGCAGCUUCAAGUGCCUGACCCGGGUGCGGCCCGGCCACCGGGACCAGCACCGCAGCAGGAACCCCCUCCUCAUCCCCCUGCUGUACGACUUCCGCCGCAUGACGGCCCGCCGGCGAAUCAACCGCAAGACGGGCUUCCACGUCAUCUACAAGUCGCCCUGCGGGCUCUGCCUGCGCAGCAUGGGCGAGAUCGAGCGCUACCUCUUCGAGGCGGACUGCGACUUCCUCUCCCUGGAGAUGUUCUGCCUGGACCCCUACGUCCUGGUGGACCGCAAGUUCCAGCCCUACAAGCCGUUCUACUACAUCGCCGACAUCACCAAGGGGAAGGAGGACGUCCCCCUGUCCUGCGUCAACGAGAUAGACAGCACCCCCCCGCCCCAGGUGGCCUACAGCAAGGAGCGCAUCCCGGGCAAGGGGGUCUACAUCAACACCAGCUGGGAGUUCCUGGUGGGCUGUGACUGUGAGGACGGCUGCAGAGACAAAUCGAAAUGCGCCUGCCACCAGCUGACAAUCCAGGCCACGGCUUGUACCCCCGGCGGACAGAUCAACUUCAAUUCCGGGUACCAGCACAAGCGGCUGGAGGAGUGUCUCCCUACGGGAGUGUACGAGUGCAACAAGCGCUGCAAGUGCAACCCGAACAUGUGCACGAACCGCCUGGUGCAACACGGCCUGCAGGUCCGGCUGCAGCUGUUCAAGACGCAGAACAAAGGGUGGGGCAUCCGCUGCCUGGACGACAUUGCCAAGGGCUCCUUUGUCUGCAUCUACGCGGGGAAGAUCCUGACGGACGAUUUUGCGGACAAAGAGGGCCUGGAGAUGGGUGACGAGUACUUCGCCAACCUGGACCACAUUGAGAGCGUGGAGAACUCGAAGGAGGGCUACGAGAGCGAGGCCAAGUGCUCCUCCGACAGCAGCGGUGUCAACCUGAAGGACGACGAGGAUGACAACUCCGGCUCGGAGGAGGCAGAGGAGUCCAAUGAGGACAGCUCGGACGACAACUUCUGCAAGGACGAGGACUUCAGCACCAGCUCGGUCUGGCGCAGCUACGCCACCCGCCGGCAGACGCGGGGCCAGCGGGAGAAUGGCCUCUCCGAGACGGCCUCCAAGGACUCCGGCCUGGCCCGGCAGGUUGGCCGCGAGGAGGCCCCCCCGUGCAAGCCGCCCCUCUCCGAGGAAACCCCCAAGAACAAGGUGGCCUCCUGGCUGAGCUCCAACGCCCUGUCCGACAGCUGCCAUGACGGCGACAGCCGGUCCUCCUUCCGGAUCCAGGAGGCGGCCGAGGCCAAGCCCCCCAAGGUGGAGACCAGCGAGGGCGAGCGGGUCGGUCCCCCCGGGCUCGCCAGCAAGGAUGAGCUCGGCCCGGAGGGGGACCUGAAGCUGAAGAAGAAGGAGGACUCAGACGAUCCGGGCAAAGCAACGCCAGGCAACCCAGGCAGGGUGUACGGCUACAACCCCAACCCGUCCAUCCCAGAAGGGGUCCGACGGCCCCACAGCAAGACGGCCUCCCACCAGAGCCGAAGGCAACCCGAGACCCAGCAGGGAUCCCCCGACGACGUGCUGAUGCUUUCCAGCAGCACUGAGAGCGAGGCGGACAACGGGCGGGCGACUUCGGGGCAGGCCCAGGGCAACGCUGACAGCGAUGACAUCCAGACCAUCUCUUCUGGGUCGGAGGAAGACAUGGCCACGGACGAGAAGAAGAACGCCUCUUCCGGGCUGGGACCAGCCAAGAGGCAGGUGGCCGUGAAGUCCACCCGGGGCUUCGCCUUGAAAUCCACGCACGGCAUCGCCAUCAAGUCGACCAACCUGGCGUCCGGGGAAGGGGCAGCCCUCCGCAGGAACACGCGGCAGUUCUAUGACGGGGAGGAGUCAUGCUACAUCAUCGACGCCAAGCUGGAGGGCAACCUGGGGCGGUACCUCAACCACAGCUGCAGCCCCAACCUCUUCGUCCAGAACGUCUUCGUGGACACGCACGACCUCCGCUUCCCCUGGGUGGCCUUCUUCGCGAGCAAGAGGAUCCGGGCCGGGACAGAGCUCACCUGGGAUUACAACUACGAAGUCGGAAGCGUGGAGGGCAAGAAAUUGUUGUGCUGUUGCGGUGCCAUUGAAUGCCGAGGCCGCCUGUUGUAAAAGCUGUUUUAUUCCCCGUUGUGGGGAGACCUCUUUUUUCCAACAGAACGCCCCAUUGGCAGAAAGGGGACUCUUACUGCCAGCCGCCACUUUUCACCCACACGAUUCCUUGGAUUUCCGUGGUUGUCUCUUCACUCCGCAUAUCCUGUUGGCCGCAGCAGGGACCAUAGUGUUAAUUUUGUGUUUGUAAAGGACUGUUUCCCCACCCCACCCCCCUUCCAAA